GGAACGUUACAACUACACUACACCGAUAAAAUUAAAGCAAAGCGUACAUUGCUUGCCAAGCCAAAGUCUGCUAAGUUGCCACUUUCAUUCGUCUUCACCAUCACCGUCCCGCCCUUGAAAAUUCUCAGUCGUCACGACCAAAACGACGACGUCCAUCCAAGCUGCUGCAGAUUUAACUGAACCACAUGAAUUUUAUACUAUUCAAGGCGAAACGUCGGGUGAUUGGCUGCUCAUAUUGUCUGGUUCUUAUUUUGGUUUAUGCGCACAUAUGUUUGUCCAUUAGAUCUGAUCAAGAGACCAGGGAGAGGUUUUACGGAAAUCUUCUGAAUUCUUCGGUGUCAGAUGCCGGGGACGGCAGUAUAGCGAAAAUGUUUGAUCGGGUUCUGGAGAAAGAGUUUCCCGAGAACGAACAGUCUGCAGGAUCUGAUGGAAGGAGCUUCAACAGCAGUGUAGCUGAUCAGCAAGCUGUACUGGAGACUGUUGCAAAAAUCACCCAUGAGAAGGUCAAGAGAAAUGAAAAACAAGAGGCAAAUGGGACACGGUCAUUUCAAUUUCAAGAUGUCUUUUCCCUAGAACAAGAAGAGUCUGAUGACACAACAACCUUGAUUGACAAGAAGGAUAACGUGUUCGUAAUGUCAAACAAGAAAUCUAAGUAUCCAGUACUUCAAGUAGACUUGAGAUUAAUUUCUGAUUUGGUGGUUGUCAUAGUUUCUGCUGCCAUUGGUGGAAUUAUCUUUUCAUGUUUGGGACAACCGGCCAUUGUGGGCUACCUUCUUGCGGGUUCGCUUAUCGGACCAGGAGGCCUAAAAUUCAUUAGUGAAAUGGUGCAGGUGGAAACUUUUGCGCAGUUUGGUGUGGUCUUCCUACUUUUUGCUUUAGGGCUGGAAUUUUCUUUGACAAAGUUAAAAGCGGUAGGCCCUGUUGCUGUUCUAGGAGGGAUGCUACAGAUUGUGAUAUUUAUGUGCUUGUGUUCCAUAAUUGCUGUGUUGUGUGGAGCAAAGUUAUCAGAGGGUGUAUUUGCUGGUUCCUUCCUGUCAAUGUCAUCUACUGCAGUGGUGGUGAAAUUUUUAGUUGAACAGAAUAGUAAUAAUGCUCUGCACGGUCAAGUUACAAUUGGAACACUUAUUUUUCAGGAUUGUGCUGUUGGUUUACUAUUUGCUCUGCUCCCAGUUUUGGGUGGUACUAGUGGCCCUUUACAAGGAAUAGUUUCAAUGGGCAAGCUGCUGCUGGUUUUGUCCAUAUAUCUCACUUCUGCAUCUAUUUUGUCCUGGACUUUUGUUCCCCGCUUUCUAAAACUGAUGAUACAACUAUCAUCUCAAACAAAUGAACUUUAUCAGCUUGCUGCAGUUGCCUUCUGCUUAUUAUCUGCUUGGUGCAGUGAUAAGCUGGGCCUAAGUCUUGAGUUGGGUUCAUUUAUUGCGGGAGUUAUGAUAUCUACCACUGACUUUGCUCAACAUACUUUAGACCAGGUGGAACCAAUCCGUAACUUGUUUGCAGCUCUCUUCCUUUCGAGUAUUGGAAUGCUUAUACAUGUACAUUUUCUAUGGAGCCAUGUGGACAUUUUGUUAGCAUCUGUUAUUCUGGUUAUCAUUGUAAAGACUGGUGUCGCUGCUGUGGUUACAAAGUUGUUUGGGUAUAGCAUGAGGACAUCAUUCCUAGUUGGUGUAUCACUUGCUCAAAUUGGAGAAUUUGCUUUUGUGCUCUUAAGUCGAGCCUCAAAUCUUCAUCUUGUUGAGGGAAAGAUGUACCUUCUACUUCUUGGAACUACAGCUCUUAGUUUGGUGACAACUCCUCUUUUGUUCAAAUUGAUACCUAGUGUGAUGAGCUUGGGAGUUCUCUUGCGUUGGUUCCCCUCAGAAAGUGUCCCGCGGGAUGAGGAAAAAUCUUCCCUUAUUGAAGUGCAUAACAGAAUAUUGUGAGGGCUAUGAUUCAGAUUUCAACUAUUUGUAAAUCAGGGUUGCUGCCAUUACAUUACAAGGUUCCAUAUUUCAGGGUUCGGAAAACAAGAAGACAGCAUUCCAAUUACGCCAAAACUCUUCACAAAGUUAACGGUGUACAUGCAGUAUUCUUUGCACUGUAAAUAUAAAUUUCUGGGCACAUAACCAACCGCCCUCCUUGUAAAUUAGAUCAGCAUCCUGUAGCUUAGAGUGGAAGUGAAGUGAUAGAUGAAAACACGGCAAGCAUUACCGCAUUAGCCUUGUUUAUGAAAUAUAGUGCUCGAUAUUAUUUGGUUGUAGCCAGUUAUUUUGUUAAAUUUAAUUCAAUGACAUUCUUCUUGUCUA